CAGCUCCGUAGCCCCUACCCGUUCAAUCACCCCUCUUCUUCUACGGGAAUCGCACGCUCCACUUGCAACCAAUGAUGCUGAGCACACUCAAGACAGGAUUGUCCGCACGAGGACUGAAUGCCGUGAGACUUGCCUCGAUCGGUACCCGCUCUUUCAGUACUCCUGUCAACAACACGCUGCCCGAGGAUCUGUCCGAGGAGGACCGCCUCGUGUACGGCGAACCUAUCCAGAUCCCCACCACCCACAACAUCACCGUCGCUCACCUUCAUCUCCGAUCCUAUCUCCCUCACCAACUGGAAUUCUUUGCCGACUUUGCUCGCCGUGCUGCCGCUGCUCUGGAUAUGCCCUGCUCAGGCACCAUUCCCUUGCCUGUCCAGACCUCCAAGUGGACUGUCAACAAAUCGCCCUUUAUCUACAAGAAGGCACAGGAGACCUUUGAGAGGAAGACACAUAAGCGCCUCUUGGCGAUCAAGGACAGCCACCCAGACGUUGUCCGUCGUUGGGUUCAGUUCUUGAAUCAGAACUCGUUGGGAGGAGUCGGUAUGAAGGUUACGAUUUGGGAGAACGAGGAAUUGGGUGUAGGACAGAAGAGACUGGACAAGGCCAAGAAGGGUGAGAGCAGGAACCGAUCUGUGGCCGAGACGAUGAAGAAUGCAGAGCAGGCUUUUGGAGCCGUUGAUACGGAGCACAUCUCCACAAGCGAAAGCCAGGGGCCAUCCAAGGAGGUCAAGAUCGUUGCAGACCGACUCUUGGCGGAGAUGAUGAAGGACAUCGGCGGCGAAGAGGAAAUUACAAAUGACAGAAAUGUACGCGACGCUUCUUCAGCAAGUACUUCUACCACCAACACAAAGGAAUCGACAAAGGAAUCGUCAUCACACGCCGAAGAACUCGUGAAUCCGGAUCAGCCCACAGAAUCCAACAUCUCUGAUGUAGUCGAACCCCUUGUGAGCGCAUCCCCAACACUCGACUCUGACCUCUCAGAGGCGGUUGAGAAGACCGUCUCGGAGACCGCCACGAAACCAGACAAGCAGUAAAUCGUGGACCUCCCCAUCAUAAUCACCAACGCCAAUAACUUCGCCACCACUGGCACUAGCAUCAUACGACGUGGUUGCAUCGACUAUCGUGUUUUAGAAUCUUUGCGCAACUGCAGGACCACAACACCAACAGCGAAGAGUGCAUGUAAUAAAAUUGUGUUUUUCUUGAUCGAC